AUGGCAGAAGGAGCUGGACCACAUAGUGCAGAAAGAAUAAGCAAAAAGGACAGAGAUAUUAAAGGGGGGGCAUUUUGUGAGACAGAUAUCAAUGAAUGUGACAGCAAUCCAUGCAAAAAUGGAGGUUCAUGCAAUGACUACAUAGACCAUUUUAAGUGUAACUGCCCAGUGGGAUUUGAAGGUCACCAGUGUGAAGUGGAUAUUGAUGCCUGUUUAUUUCACAAUGUAAGCUGCAACCGUGGAACUCAGUGUGUGGACAAACCUUAUGAACUUGCUUAUAUGUGUGGAACAGCAUGCCAUGAAAACACAGAGUUGUGUGCAAAUGGAGGACGGUGCUUCCACGAUGAAGACAACCAGGGCUAUCAAUGCGUCUGUGUUCCUGGAUGGACGGGACCGACAUGCCUGGAAAAUAUUAAUGACUGUGAAUUGAGCUGGUGCCAGAAUGGAGGCACUUGUGAAGAUGGAAUCAACGAAUACAGAUGUGUGUGUCCUCCAGGUUAUUCUGGGACAUUUUGUGAACUUGGCUUAGACCCCUGCGUUCAGAACCGCUGCUCAGACUAUGGCUUUUGUCUGGCCAAUGUGAAUAAUUACACCUGCCACUGCAUGCUUGGCUAUGAAGGACCAUUCUGUGAAGUGAAGGCUAAUGAAUGCUCAAGUUCACCCUGCAAAAAUGGGGCCACCUGUUUAGAUUUAAUUGGCCACUUCUCAUGUCAGUGUGCCGCAGGCUUCAAAGGAGAAACAUGCUCCAUGGUUGUGGAAAGAUGUACAGACAAGCCCUGCAAGAAUGGAGGAACUUGUGAAGAUGCUAUGAGUGGCUUCAUAUGCAACUGUCCAUCUGGGGCAUUGUGAAACUUAAUGAAUUAAUUCUGGAGAGUACUUGAGAUCUCCAGAUUAUAGGUGUGCUGCUAGUGGAAG